UACUUAGUUAUCGGUGGUGAGGGGUUCCUGGGCCGUGCGAUUGUGAAUGCGCUGGUCGAGCGCAAGCAGAGCACCAACAGCAGCGACGAGAUUCGCGUGCUCGACCUGCGUCGCAAUUUCGACGACGCCAACGUGGAGUUCUUCCAAGGCGAUAUCUGCAACUCGGCGCAGGUCGAGGCGGCUCUGAAUGCGCACGAUCGGACGGCCACCGUUGUGUUCCACACCGCAUCGCCCAUCAUGAAGGCGCCCGAGGCCCUGCAUACGCGCGUCAACAUCGAGGGCACCAAGGUUGUGUUGGAGGCGUGCCGCAAGGCCGGUGUCAAUAAGUUUGUUUACACCAGCAGCGCCAGUGUGGUGUAUGCGGGCAAGAAGCUUGAGUACGUGGACGAGUCGAUUCCGUAUGCGGAGCCGUUUGCUGACUAUUACUCGGAGACGAAGGCAGUUGCAGAAAAGCUGGUGAUCGAGUAUAAUGACAAGUACGGCAUGCGCACGGCAGCCCUGCGUCCAUCAGGUAUUUUCGGUCCUGGCGACCGUCAGACAACACCCGGUGCUCUGCUGGCCCAGCGCCGCAACCUGCCGGUUUUGGUGCAGGUCGGUGACAACAAGGCUCUGUUCGAUUUCACGUACGUCGGCAACCUGGCUGAUGCCCACCUGCUGUGUGCCGACAAGCUGUACAACGAUGGUGUCUCGGGCGAGAUUUUCUUUAUUACCAACGACGAGCCCAUCAGCAUGUUCUCGUUCAUGCGCCUCUUGUGGGCCGAGGUCGGCGAUAACCGCGGACCGAAGCUGAUCAUCCCGAACUUCAUCGCCACGCUGAUCCUGGGUCUGCUCAAGCUGCUUGCGGUCCUCCACCUGGUUAAGCAUGAGGUGCCGUUUGUGUUUGGCAUGACCUUCACGCCACGCUUCUUCAACAUCACCAAGGCCAAGAAGUACCUGGGCUACAAGCCGCGUGUCCAGUACAGCGAGGGUGUGCCUAUU